GUGAGUGGGUCAGGAGGAAGCCGGAAGUGAUCGAGUCCGCAGUUACGGUGUCGGGAUGGAUCGGUGACAGAGGCCGAUGGAAGGGGCGGGUCCGGGGGACUCGGGAAACGGCGACACCGGGGAGAGCGGCGGGGAGAGCGGCGUGGUGUAUACCAUGGAGAACAAACCCAUCGUCACCUGUCAGUAUUAUCAUUAUCACUGUUACUGUUAUAUUACAUUAUUAUUAUAUUAUUAUUUAUUAUUAUUAUUAUUUAUUAUUAUUAUUAUUUAUUAUUAUUAUUAUUAUUAUUAUUUAUUAUUAUUAUUAUUAUUAUUAUUUAUUAUUAUUAUUAUUUAUUAUUAUUAUUAUUUAUUAUUAUUAUUAUUAUUAUUAUUUAUUAUUAUUAUUAUUUAUUAUUAUUAUUAUUCCAUGGAGAACAAGCCCAUAGUCAUCUGUGAGUUCUUGUAUCCUAUAUUUUUAUUAUAUUUUUCUACCAUUGAGAACGAACUCCCCUGUGAGUCCCUAUAUAAUGAUAUCUUGUUAUUAUACCGUGGUUAUGAUAUAACUUUCCCCCUCUUUAUUUACCAAUUUAGGCUCAUUGUAGCCUACUUAUCAUUGCUAUGUCAAACCAGACUUCCUUCCCAUUAUUGCCUGGACAUGAUAUAUAAAUGAUAUUUAGUCUAUACUUCUCAUUCACCAAGUGACACUCCACAAUUAUUUGCCAAAUUGUCAUUAUUGAGGAACCAGUGACAACCUCAGACCUUUUAGGCUCCUUGCCCUUUACUGGGCAAGUGUAAAUACCUUGCCCUCUAGUGGGAUCAAAGAGGGUGAGUAAGGGCACUACCCUCCAAAUCCUUACAUUGUGUAUAUAAUGGGUCUGUAACCAGACGGUGAGGGUUAGUAAGGGCACUACCCUCCAAAUCCUUACAUUGUGUAUAUAAUGGGUCUGUAACCAGACGGUGAGCGGUUCUGUCCUUGGCCCCCUACUGUUCUCCAUUUAUACUGCCUCCCUCAGUAAACUCAUUAGCUCCUUUGGCUUCCAAUAUCCUUUCUAUGCGGAUGACACGCAAAUCUACCUGCCCUCUUCUGAUCUCUCUCUGCCCAUCUUGACUCGUGUCUCUGGCUGCCUCUCUGCAAUUUCCAACUGGAUGGCUGCUCACUUUCUUAAACUCAACCUGUCCAAAACAGAACUUCUGGCCUCCCUCAAGUGUUAACACUCCUGUGUCUGUCUCCCUCCAAGUCUACAGCGCUACCAUCACCUCUACCUCACAGGCUCGCUGCCUGGGUGUUCUUUUUGACUCCAACCUCUCCUUCACCCCUCACGUCCAAUCAAUCACCAAAUAGCACACAUCUCCCCCUAUUUAAUGCCGUAUGCGGCUAAGGUGCUGGUCCAUGCUGUUGUUCUCUCUCUCUCACCUUAAAGGACCACUAUAGUGCCAGGAAAACAUACUCGUUUUCCUGGCACUAUAGUGCCCUGAGGGUGCCCCCACCUUCAGGGUCCCCCUCCCGCCCGGCUAUGGAAAGGGGAAAGGGGUAAAAACUUACCUUUUUCCAGCGCUGGGCGGGGAGCUCUCCUCCUCUGAUCCUCCUUCUCUCCUCCCCGUCGGCUGAAUGCGCACGCGCGGCAAGAGCUGCGCGCGCAUUCAGCCGGUCUCAUAGGAAAGCAUUUACAAUGCUUUCCUAUGGACGCUGGCGUGCUCUCACUGUGAAAAUCACAGUGAGAAGCACGCAAGCGCCUCUAGUGGCUGUCAAUGAGACAGCCACUAGAGGAUUAGGGGGAAGGCUUAACCCAUUCAUAAACAUAGUAGUUUCUCUGAAACUGCUAUGUUUAUGAAAAAAUGGGUUAACCCUAGCUGGACCUGGCACCCAGACCACUUCAUUAAGCUGAAGUGGUCUGGGUGCCUAGAGUGGUCCUUUAAUUACUGCAAUCCCCUUUUCAGUGGUCUUAAGUGUUCCAAGAUUGCACCGCUGCUAUCUAUAAUGAAUGCGGCGGCAAGGCUCAUUUUCCUGUCCGUUCGCACCUUCCACGCCUCCCCGUUCUGUUAGUCCCUACAUUGGCUUCCAGUUAGAUAUAGGGCUCAAUUUAAAAUUCUGGUGCUUAUGUCCCGUCGAGGCCCCUAAGCUCUGCUGUAUAUCCUCUGUCCGUACUCCCACCUCUAAUGCUCGCCUCCAAGAUUUCUCCAGGGAUGCACCUCCUCUGUGGAACUCCCUUCUCCGUAAGACUUUCACCCAGUCUCCACUCAUUCAAAAAAUCAUUGAAAACUCACUUCAAGAAAGCAUAUCAAUUAAACUGUUAGCAGGUUUUUAUUCACCAACCCCCAUGACUCCUCUCCUGCAACUGUCAAAAAUGACCUACUAAGCCACUUUUCUAACAACCUACUUCGUACCCCUGCUUUUACAUAGAAACAUAGAAUGUGAUGGCAGAUAAGAACCAUUCGGCCCAUCUAGUCUGCCCAAUUUGCUAAAUACUUUCAUUAGUCCCUAGCCUUAUCUUAUAGUUAGGAUAGCCUUAUGCCUAUCUCACGCAUGCUUAAACUCCUUUACUGUGUUAGCCUCUACCACUUCAGCUGGAAGGCUAUUCCAUGCAUCCACUACCCCCUCAGUAAAGUAAUACUUCCUGAUAUUUUUAAACCUUUGUCCCUCUAAUUUAAGACUAUGUCCUCUUGCUGUUGUAGUUUACCCUUUGUGUCACUAUACCCCACUCCCUCUAGAAUGUAAGCUCAUGGAGCAGGGCCCUACACCUCUCUGUUCCUGCACGUCCAGUUGUCUGGUUACAAUUGUAUGUCUGUUAGUCCACCCAUUGGACAGCACUACGGAAUCUGAUGGCGCUAUAUAAAUAAUAAUCUGAUAUUCACUGAAGUGACAGUUGCCAGGAAUGCAAAGGGAAUUUCAAAAUUUAGGCAAAAUAAAAAUCAGAUUUUUCUAAAAAUGUCUAGGGCGUUGCUGUCUGAUUGACAGAAAUGCCCAAGAGGCACUUCCUGCCUGAUAACAGAAUCUAAAUCCUUUAAAUGAGGCUGGACGUGCUCACGCUCUGCAUGAGGAUAUCCAGUGUCGGUGGAAUCCUCAUAGGAAAGCAUUGAGACUUGGAGCCUAAUGCGCUUCCUGCACUUGUCACACAUGUGAGUCAAAUUAUGUCUGAGGAAGCUGAGCACUGACUCGGUGCCGAGGGACAUCUGCGCUGGACACUGGUAAGUAACUAAAGUUUUUUUUAACCCCUAAUAUGCCAAAGAAGUGAGUCCAGAGGGCUCUUCCUUUAACAGGACAAUUUGUAAAUCCCACCAUGUUCUGUAUCGUCCCAUCAGUAAGUGAAUAAUUGGAGAUGUCUGUUUCCGAUAUACAUGACUUACUAUUGUGCUUUUAUUUUAUUUUUUUUGUUUCAGGUGCUGGAGAUCAAAACUUGUUCACUGCAGUUUAUUCCAACCUUACCCAACAGCUGCCCCGAGAACCUAUGGAGUGGAGAAGGUGAGUCUGCUACAUAACAUUCAAAAUCUUUUCGUCCUCACUCUGUCUCUCUAAACUGACACCAACCACUUCCUAUGUUCCUGUCCAUGUGAUAUCACUUUUCUCUUCUCUCUCUAUAUUCAGGGCUUAUGGCCGUGCUCCAAAGAUGAUCCACCUGGAGUCCAACUUUGUUCAGUUUAAAGAAGAACUUUUACCCAAAGAAGGAAACAAGGCCCUACUCACCUUCCCAUUCCUGCACAUUUACUGGACUGAGUGCUGUGUGAGUAGUGGAUAUGGUGCUGGUUCUUUGCUCACUAGUUAG